UACUAUAUUAUAAACAAAUAAGCGUGAGGUGCUGUUUGUUUUGUUAUUUUAUUGGGAGUUUUAAAAAAACAAUAGUUAAGAACAAAAGAUGGAAUCAGAUGAUAUUUCAAUAAACAUAGCUUCGUUGGAACCAGAUAUAACCAAAAAAAAGUACAAGGGAGGUGGCUAUAAAAACAAAAAUAAAUAUGAGCAGAGCACACCACACCGUCCUACAGUUGUAAGAGAGCCUGUUGGAGAGGAUGAUUACACUAGCAACGAAGUCACUCAACAGAAGAAAGUAAGGAAAAGAGUAGCCCCGGGCAGAGACGACAAUGCUGAUGUGGAUGGAAGGAAAAGUACAGGGCCUGGCUUGUCGAAAAUAUCGUCGUUGUUUGGCAACAACCCGGACAUCCCUCAUUUUCCACAUCGGGUCGUGUAUCCUGUGGACGAGCCCAUGUUCUCUUCUGACAACUUUGCGGAUUUGAAACUGCAUCCGUACACGGUCUCUAACUUAAAGCUGAAUCUCGGCUUGGAGAAAAUGACCACCGUCCAACAUAAAUCGAUCCCAGUUAUAUUGUCCGGAAAAGAUGUUCUGAUCAGAUCGCAGACGGGAAGCGGCAAAACUUUGGCGUAUGCCCUGCCGAUAGUUGAGUUUUUGCACAAAAUUCGGCCAGAGAUACAUAGGACGAAUGGGAUCAGGGCGCUCAUUGUGGUGCCAACUCGAGAGCUCGCACUUCAGACAUACGAACUGUUCAUCAAACUGGUGAAGCCGUUUAUGCGAUUAGUCCCAGGAUAUCUGGUCGGCGGGGAAAAGCGCAAGUCAGAAAAAGCGCGUUUGAGGAAAGGAAUCAAUAUCCUGGUGGGAACGCCCGGCCGCUUGCUGGACCACGUUGAUAAGACGAAGGCCGUGAAUCUGGACAGAGUGGCUUGGCUGGUGUUGGACGAAGCAGACAGACUGCUGGACAUGGGAUACGAGCAGGACGUUGCAAGGCUGGUGGAGAAGCUGGACUCUCGCCAGCAGGCGCCGGCAGAGCGCGCCGGCGAGGCCCGCCAGACGCUGCUGCUCUCGGCCACGCUCACGGCAGCCGUGCAGCAGUUGGCGGGCCUGGCGCUGCGGGACCCCACCCUCGUGGACGCCGCGGACGAGGCGCCCACCGGCGGCCGAAGGCCCGGGGACGGCGGCCUGGCGGCGGAGUCCCUGCUCGUGGUGCCCUCCAGCCUGAGCCAGUUCUACGUCCUGGCGCCGGCCAAGCUGCGGCUCGUCACGCUGGCCGCGUUCAUCGUGUGGAAGUGCCAGCUGAGCGACGAGCGCAAGAUGCUGGUGUUCUGCGCGACUCAGGACAUGGUUGACUUUCUGACUGCGUUGCUGUCGAGUGUGCUGGCGUCUCCUCGGAACUCGGCUGCUGACGACAGUCUCGAUGAUGAUGAGGAGGAAGACUGUGAUGUGUUGGUGGAUGUUGAGUUUCUGAAACUCCACGGCAACAUUUCGCAAAAGGAAAGAACUGAAGUUUUCAAGACGUUUAGGAGUGCUGACAGUGGUGUCCUCAUGUGCACAGACGUGGCGGCGCGCGGCCUGGACCUGCCGCGCGUGGACUGGAUCGUGCAGUACAACGCGCCGUGCUCCGCCGCCGACUACGUGCACCGCGUGGGGCGCACGGCGCGGGCCGGCACCGCGGGCUCCGCCCUGCUGUUCCUCGAGCCCGCCGAGGCCGCCUUCGUGGGCCGCUUGGAGGACCGCACCGUUAGGCUACGUGAACAACUCAUGGAACAUAUCCUGGAGCAGCUGUGUUCGUACGUCACACCGCCAACAGGUCGCGGAAGAAGACGGAGGUCUGGUCCCGCGGUGCGGCUGGAGGAGGCGGCCACGGACCUGCAGAGGCGCUUUGAGGCCACCGUGUUGGCGGACAGCGAGCUGCACGACCUGGCCUGCAGAGCGUACGUGUCGUGGGUGCGGUUCUACGCCAGCUACCCCAAGGAGGUGCGCGACGUGUUCAGCUUCAAGGGCCUCCACCUGGGCCACUACGCCAAGAGCUUCGGCCUGCUGGACCCGCCCAAGACCAUCGGCGGCAUCGGCAAGCGGCGAGGCCUGCAGGAGCAGCGGCACGGCAGGGAGAAGAGGCGGCGAAGGCCCGAGGGCUCGGAGAGGGUGGUGGUUGUCAGCACCUCUAGGUUGCCCGAGGUGUCGGAGUUCGGCAGCGGCCUGGACAUGCCCCGGAACAAGAAGAAGAAGGCGUAGCUGUCCAAUUCCAUGUACAUUCAUUACAUAUUAAAUAUAUUUAUAUCUGUG